CGUCAUCACCGAGCGCCGGGCCGCCUGGACAGCGCGAGGGCGGCGGGCGACGGGCCUGAGGAGGUGCGAUGCUCAGCCGGCUUCAGGAGCUGCGCAAGGAGGAGGAGACGCUGCUCCGGUUGAAGGCGGCGCUGCACGACCAGCUGAACCGGCUCAAGGUUGAAGAAAUGGCCCUUCAAUCAAUGAUUAGAAGAGGGGAUGAGAUGCUGCCCUCUCCACCUGCACCUGAACAAUCACAUGAUCAGAUGUUGGUGCAUGUAGACAAUGAAGCAUCAAUCAACCAAACUGCACUGGAGUUGAGCACAAGGAGCCAUGUGCCAGAAGAAGAGGAGGAAGAGGAGGAAGAAUCAGAUUCCUGAAGGGGGAGAAGAGCUGGGGUUAGUUAUA